CGCAUGAAAGUUGAAGGUGAUUGGUUGAUGGAGCUAUAGUUCUUUACACUUGUAGUUGUUCACCCAUCUCUCUCUCCUCUCUCUGAAUCUUUGUUUCUUUUUUGGAACCGACAUGGCUCCCAACACAUAGGAAUCUGAAGCCUCUCUCUCUCUCUCUCUCUCUCUCUCUCUCUCUCUCUCUCUCUCUCUCUCUCUCUCUCUCUCUCUCUCAGUCUCACUUCCUCUGUAUUUUUCAUUGGACUUUGGACAUUAAAGCUAUGCAAACUGAGUACUGCAAGGAGAGAGAGAGGUUUUUCUCCCCUCCACAGUCUUCUUCUUGGUGGAAUGCUUUUGGAUCUCCGCCGUUGACUACAGGGAGCCUCGCCGGAGACUCUUACGAGUCAUUUUCAGGAGUUAAGGUAGCUACUCCUGAGACAGAACAAAGUGUGGAUAAACAAAGCUCUGCAACCCUCUUCACUUUCUCACCUGGUGGUGGAAAGAGUUCAAGAGAUGUGUCAAAGCCUCAUGUUGCUUUCGCGAUGCAACCGGCAUGCUUCGAGUUUGGAUUUGCUCAGCCAACGAUCUAUACUAAGCAUCCUCAUGUAAAGCAAUACUGUGGAGUUGUUUCAGCCUAUGGAUCUCAGAUGUCGCCAGGCCGAGUAAUGCUACCUUUAAACAUGGGGAAUGGAGAAGAUGGUACGAUUUAUGUGAACUCAAAGCAGUACCAUGGAAUCAUCAGGCGGCGCAAGUCACGUGCCAAGGCUGUUCUGACGAACAAUUUGAGUAAAUGCCGUAAGCAGCCAUAUAUGCAUCACUCGCGCCAUCUCCAUGCUAUGCGCCGCCCUAGAGGAUCCGGCGGGCGUUUCUUGAACACCAAGAAAGAUGAUGCGGCUAAGAAGCCUAAGCCAAGCAAUUCUCAAAACUCUGAAGUCUUUCAUCCGGAAAAUGGGACCAUGAACCAAUCAAGGCAACCAAACGGACCGGGAUCAGAAGUUACAAGUAUGGAUUACUUUCUAAGUUCGUCGGUCCAUUCUCUUGGUGGCAUGGUCAUGCCUAGCAAGUGGAUUGCAGCAGCAGUGGAUAUUGGCUGCUGCAAUCUCAGAACCUGAUCAGCAAAUAGGGACAAGACAAGAUUUGGUGAACUGGUUUCCUGUCUUGUCCCUUAUAUGUUUCAGCCAAACGAAGAGAUAAUUUUUGUCCCAAAAAGGGGCAUUGAGUGUCCUUACACCGUCCCGUUUGGCUGUAAACAGGCAAUUCAUCUUUGGCUCAUCCUUCAUCAAGGUGUUGUUUCUUCGUCUGUUUUCUUCUACGCAUAUUUAUAAGAUUUGAGUUGCGGAAAAAUGGUGGUGAAUAAUAAAAGUAGAAGAACUAGUGAAGAACAAUGAUUGGGUUUGCUACUUCCCUCUUGUUCCAACUAGUGUGUGUGUGUGUGGUAAAAAACAAAAAAAAAAAACUCUGUUUACCCCAUUUUCUGAUGUUGUAUUGUGUGUGUGAAUUAACGGUAAGAAUUUCAUGUUAAAUAAGAAAAAUCUGCUUGUGAUGAUAAUGAGUAAAAAACAAAGCUCCUUUAACCUUUCCAUAGCUUGAGAACUUUAUCUUUACCACCAGAGGCUACUUUCUCACCAUCUGGACUCCAAUCCACAGCAUAAAC